CGAUGCCUCCUCUUCCUGCUUCUCCGUUGCUGCUGCUGUUGCUGCUGUUCUGCUGCGCUGCCCAAGCGGUGCCCGCCGGGCACGAGGUCACCUACCUGCCGGGGCUGGCCAAGCAGCCCGCCUUCAAGCACUACUCGGGCUACCUGGACGCCGAGAGCGACAAGCACCUGCACUACUGGUUCGUCGAGGCGCAGGGCAACGGCGCCGGGGACAAGCCGCUCGUGCUGUGGCUGAACGGCGGGCCCGGCUGCAGCUCCAUCGCCGGCCUCCUGACAGAGCAUGGGCCCUUCAGGAUUCAGCCUGAUGGAGCCACUCUGGGAUACAACAACUAUGCCUGGAACAAGCUGGCGCACAUCCUGUACUUGGAGUCCCCCGUUGGGGUGGGCUACUCCUACUCGGAUAGCCAAGACUACCGGACCAACGACACCGAGGUGGCUCGAGUGAACUACUUGGCCUUGAAGGAGUUCUUGCGCCUCUACCCGGAAUACAGAAGCAAAGACCUCUUCCUCACCGGCGAGAGCUACGGAGGGAUCUACAUCCCCACCCUGGCGCAGUGGGUCAUGCAGGACCCCAGCCUCAACUUGAAGGGAAUCGCAGUGGGCAAUGGGCUCUCCUCGUACGAGACCAAUGACAACUCCCUGGUUUACUUCGCCUACUACCACGGUCUCCUGGGGAGCAGGCUCUGGUCGGACUUGCAGGCCUCGUGCUGCUCUGGCGGGAAGUGCAACUUCCACGACAACAAGGACCUGAACUGCACUCUCGGGAUGGCGGAGGUGAUCCGUAUUGUGGAUGAGUCUGGCCUCAACAUCUACAACCUGUAUGCCCCAUGUGCUGGCGGAGUGCCUGGGAGCUACAGGUACAAUGAUGGGAUGCUGGUCAGCUACGAUCUGGGCAACAACUUCAUCCGGCAGCCGCUUCGUUCCUCUUGGAGGGAGUUCCUGCUCACAUUGCCGGUCGCAAGUAACAAGGCUCACCUGGACCCCCCCUGCAUCAACACCUCGUCCCCCACCGCCUACAUGAACGACCCCCAGGUGCGCAAGGCCUUGCACAUUGUGGACAAUCCCCCGGAAUGGCAGAUGUGCAGCUUCCCCGUCAGCCGUGGUUACAGACGCAUCUACCUGACGAUGAAGGACCAGUACCUGAAGCUGCUGGGCUCCAUGAAAUACCGCGUCCUGAUCUACAACGGUGACGUGGACAUGGCCUGCAACUUUCUGGGGGACGAGUGGUUCGUGGACUCCUUGGGCCAGAAGGUGCAAGUGGCCCGACGGCCCUGGAUCUACACCGAUGAGAACGGGCAGGACCAGAUUGGCGGCUUUGUGAAGGAAUACACCAACAUGUCCUUCCUCACCGUCAAGGGAGCAGGUCACAUGGUGCCUUCGGACCGCCCAAGACCCGCCUUCAACAUGUUCCAGCGCUUCAUCACGGGGCAGCCCUUCUAGCCCUCGGCUCGUGGCGCCCUCUUCUGCCUCUGAGGGGAACUGCGUCCUCCGUGCGCGACGGGCCCUUUCGCCCACACCUGCCUGCUGUGCCAAGAUGGCAGCUGGGGCCUCCCGCAGGGCCGCUUGCCCUCCCGUUGCCAGGCGCUGGGGGGGAAGCACAAGGACUCUCCCGACCCUCCGCCCUGCCGGCCGCUCUCCUGGGCUUCCAGGCUGCCCUGGUGGUUGGGGGGGGGUCCACAAGGGGCCCCCUCUUCCUCCUCUCCUCUUGGGGCAGCCCUCCCCUCCCCUCCCCGGCACUGCCUGUAGGGUUUUUGCACUGCCUUUGAGGAGGACGGUGAGAGCUGCCUCCUCCUCCUCCUCCCCCCUUGCACCCCUAACGGGACCACUUCUCUCAGCCUUAGUUCUCGGUCAGUCUUGACGAAGGGAUCUGAAUCACUGGUGGAACGAAAGCCACUCCUGGGCUGCACCCUCAAGUCUCUGGGGCCGGGGCCCACGAUUAAAACUAUUUUUCUAAGGGG